AUCACCAGUGCUGAAUUUAGCCAAAAGCACACUUACACCUCCACACACACACCGACACACACUCACUGCACACACAAACGUGUCCACAGCAAAUGAUGAAGUGACACCACCACCUCAAGCUCCUGCACCCGUGGAACCCCAGCUCCUGUAAGAAGAUAAAAAUAAAAUGAGUAUAUGCAAUGUGUAUUACACAAACCAAAACCUUACACACUAAUCCAGGCAAUAAUGUCACAAGAAAAAGGAAAGGGAAACGAACAAACAAAUUCAACCAAGGCAAACUAAUGUUGAAUAUAAACAAUACAAAAUGUCCAACAAAACAAAAAAUACACAAAUUAUAAAAAAGGAAAGAAAAAGAAUACAAUUUUUGUAGUUCCACAAUGGAGGAGCAAAAUCCACACAGGGCACCGGCUACUCCAUAAUCAAAUAGAUGCCCUCAAGCAGAACCACUUUAAACAAAACAAAAACAAACAAUAAUAACCAGUAACACAAAUCACAAUCACAGGGAUCAGUAGUAGAUAGCAGGUAGCAGGUAGCAGAUAGCAGGUAGCAGGUAGCGGGAAGCAGGUAGCGGGAAGCAGGUAGCGGGUAAUAGAUCUCCGUAUCAACUAAGACUUCCGAGUAACCGAAAGUUCACGGCGCGACAGGAAAAAAACGUCAGGAACGGCGCAUUUAAUCGCCCAGGACGAAAGGGAGAAUCCUACAAAAAAGAUAUGGGCAAUUAACACCAUUACCGCUUGCAAAUCACACACUAAUAUUCCCCUUUAACCACCACCUAAUAGAGACUUACCAAACCGGAAAAAGUAUGCUCGCACGCAUUCACAAAUUGGGAUUCGGCAUCCUCAGUAAUACCAAUAACAAGCUAGGGUACAGGAAACUGCCUAUUAUUCAAACUGCGCACUCCGUCCAUACCAACCCAUUUUCUAGCAGUAUUAAGCGCUUACCUGAAUAAACAGCAGUCAUUAAACUCAUGGCCAUCGACAGAAAACAAAGGAAAAGACAGGCUAAAAUGAAAUAACAAACGAUUAGUCCACAACAUUAUAAAAGAGACAAACGAAGAGCUAACUGCUAACACAUACCUAAAACACAAGUCAACAUAACAAAAAACCAAAAAGGCGGGGCCGGAGGUGACGCAUGACCCAACAAAGCCAACCUGCUCUAAAAUAGGUCACACUUACUGCUGAUUGGCUGUUACAAAUGUCAGUCACCAUCACUUAUCCAAUACGAUCGGUCACAUCAACAACACUGAAAGGGUUAACUGCACGGUGAACUCCCACCCUCUUUCCACCCGUUUACUUUUAUAAAACUUCCCAGUCGUUCGCUGCUCUUGUGUUUGUCUUGAGACGAUCUGUCAGCAUGUGGACGGCUCUUACGAACUUAGAUCUGGCCGCUGUAUGCCUGGCUCUGAUUCUGGGCAUGAUCUUUAUGGUUCUGUUUGAGAUCUUCAGGAUCAUUUCACGCAGUAAUCAAAUCCCACCUGGUCCCAAACCUCUGCCUUUUUUGGGAGUGUUACCACAGCUUAUAAAGAAGCCGAUGGAGUUCAUAAGAUCGGUGUCUCAAUAUGGCGAGAUGUCUACUUUGUAUAUCGGAAGGAAGCCGACAAUAGUCCUAAAUACAAUCGAAGUCAUUAAGGAAGCAUUGGUUCAGGAGGCUUUUUCUGGAAGACCAUCUAUGCCUCUUAUAGACUGGAUAACUAAUGGACUUGGUAUUAUAGUAGCUAAGUUUGGUCACUCCUGGAGGCAGCAGAGACGUUUUGCUCUGCACACGCUCAGGAAUUUUGGCCUGGGGAAGAAAUCAGUAGAAGAUCGCGUGUUAGAAGAAAGCCGCUAUCUGAUUGCUGAAAUGCUUGAAGCAGAAGGCAAGUCUAUGAACCCCCAUCAUGCCAUACAGAAUGCAGUUUCUAACAUUACCUGUUCCAUCGUGUUUGGAGAUCUUGACUAUGAUAACAAGCGCUUUUCAUACCUUCUGAAAAUCUUGAAUGAAAACUUUGUGCUCGCUGGGUCGGCUGCAGGACAGAUUUUCAACUUAGCCCCCGUCAUCAAGCAUUUCCCUGGCCCGCACCAGAAGGUCAUGCAGAACUUCACAGAGUUAUUGGGUUUCAUCCGAGAUGAAAUAAAAGAACACAAGGAAACUCUGGAUCCAGACAGCCCUCGAGACUUCAUUGAUGCCUACCUGCUGGAGAUCGAGAAACAAAAGUCCAACGAGGACUCCACGUUUCAUGAGGAGAACAUGGUCAUGUCAACAGCUGACCUGUUUGUGGCUGGAACCGACACCACAUCGACCACCAUCAGAUGGGGACUCAUCUUCUUGAUUCAAAACCCAGAUGUACAAGAGCGAUGUCACGAGGAGAUUGUUGGUGUUCUGGGAUACGACCGUCUGCCCAGCAUGGAUGACCGUGAACGACUACCGUACACAUACGCCACUGUCCACGAGAUUCAGCGUUGUGCCAACAUUGUACCUUUAGGAGUCGUUCAUGAAACCACUCAGCCCACAAAACUACGAGGAUACGACAUUCCCCAGGGAACUAUGAUCAUGACAAACCUAGCUGCAGUUUUCAGCCGUAAGGAGCACUGGAAGCAUCCAGACGCCUUUAACCCGGAGAAUUUCUUGGAUGAGAACGGCAGCUUCUUCAAACCAGAGUCUUUCAUCCCAUUCUCACUCGGUCCGAGGGUCUGUCUCGGGGAGACUCUGGCGAGGACGGAGCUCUUCUUGUACAUCACCUGUCUCCUACAGAGGAUUCAUUUCUCCUGGCCGCCCGAGCCGCAGUCCAUCGACAUGGAUGGGAUCAUGGGUAUCGUACGCUAUCCUCAAAACUUCAACAUCGUCUGCCGUAGCAGAGAUACCAAAGAGCUCACGGUCAUCCGCUGCCAGUGUUCGUCUGGAAGUCAAUCUGGCAUCAUGUGGACGACUCUCGCGAAGUUAGAUCUGACCUCUGCGUGCCUGGCUCUGUCACUGGGCUUUAUUUUUGUAGUUUUGUUUGAGAUCUUGAGGCUUAAUUCCUGGAGAUCUAAAACUCCACCUGGUCCCAGACCGCUGCCUUUUGUGGGAACCAUACCGCAUUUUUUAAAGAACCCAAUGGAGUUCAUAAGAUCGUUACCUCAGUAUGGAGAGAUGACCACUAUGUAUCUUGGGAGAAAGCCAGCAAUAGUCCUCAAUACAUCUGAAAUUGCGAAGGAAGCCUUUGUCCAAAAUGCUUCAUCUUUUUCAGGAAGGCCACCUGUACCACUUCUAAUCUGGAUCACUGAAGGAUAUGGUAUCGUAAUGGCCACAUUUAGUCACUCCUGGAGGCAGCAGAGACGAUUCGCUCUGCACACGCUCAGAAACUUUGGUCUGGGGAAGAAAUCUUUGGAGGAUCGUGUGACAGAAGAAAGCACUUACCUGGUUCCUGAAAUGCUCAAAUUGGAAGGCAAGCCUUUCGACCCCCAACAUGCAAUACAGAAUGCCGUAUCUAACAUUAUCUGUUCCAUCGUGUUUGGGGAUCGUUUUGACUAUGAUAACAAGAGCUUUGCAUACCUUCUGGAAAUCGUUAAAGAGAACAUCAUACAGUCAGGGUCACUUAUUGGGCAGGUGUUUAACUUGCUUCCGAUCAUCAAACAUUUCCCAGGACCACACCAGAAAAUCUUUCAGAAUGCAGCAGAGUUGAAAGCUUUCGUCAGGGAAGCAGUCAAAUCACACAGAGAAACUCUGGAUCCAGACAGUCCACGGGACUUCAUUGAUGCCUACCUGCUAGAGAUUGAGAAACAAAAGUUCAACGAGGAUUCCACAUUUCAUGAGGAUAACAUGGUCAUGUCAGUAUGUGACCUGUUUCUGGCUGGAACUGACACAACAGCAACCACCAUCAGAUGGAGCCUCAUCUUCUUUACUCAAAACCCACAUGUACAAGAGCGAUGUCACGAGGAGAUUGUUCGAGUGCUGGGAUACGACCGUUUGCCCAGCAUGGUUGACCGUGACAGACUACCUUACACAUACGCCACUGUUCACGAGAUUCAGCGCUGUGCUGACAUUGUUCCCCUUGGCGUCUUGCAUGAAAGCACUCAGCCCGCAAAACUACGAGGAUACGACAUUCCCCAGGGCACUGCAAUACUUGCAAACCUAACAGAAAUUUUGACUGAUAAGGAGCAUUGGAAAUAUCCAGACACUUUUAACCCAGAGAAUUUCUUAGAUGAUAAUGGACAUUUCUUCAAACCAGAGUCUUUCCUCCCUUUCUCCUUUGGUCCAAGGGUCUGUCUCGGUGAGACCCUAGCAAAGAUGGAGCUCUUCCUCUUCAUCACUUCUCUAUUACAGCGGGUUCGUUUCUCCUGGCCUGCUGGUGUGAAGUGGCCAGACAUGAAUGGGAUUGUCAGUUUAGUCCGUUCUCCUGAACCAUUCAACAUCAUCUGCCACAGCCGAGGAUCCACAGAGUGAUUAUCAGUACACUUUCCAACAUUUACUCAGGUUUUUAGAUCAGAUUGUGGAUCAGCACCCAGAGAUGACGUUUGUCAGAGACCAGAACACCUAGAUAAACCGGAACCAGAUACGCACACACAAACACGCACACACAAACACAUACAUGUUGUAUUUGCAUGUUUUAUGGGGA